AAUAAUGAAAAAAUUCUUAAAUUUUGAUUUGUAAAGAUCAAGUUAUGCAAAUCCGGUGUUGAAGGAAUUAGCUUAAUUGAGUUUAUUAAAAAAGAUAGAGAGUAGAAAAUUAUUGGAGGUAGCAGAAUUAGGGUAGAGAUGUUAUUCAAUUGAGAAGAAUGAUAAUAAAUGGUUGGAAUAGAUUUCUGAUUGUUUUGAACAUUAUAAGAUUGAAUUAUAGAGAGUAGGAAAUAUGUUAAAAUAAGCAGAAUAAGAGAUGAUGCAGAUUGAGGUAAAAUAGUUGCACUCCUCCAAAUAUAGGAUGAAUUUAUGACGAAAGAGAUGAAUUGCUAUAGCUUAGUAAGUGAAUUCGAGAUGGAAUCAUGCAUUAAAGAUUAUAAAUUAUAAUGUUUAAAUUAGAAACAAAAAGUACUUGAUAGGAUUAAUGAAUUAAAUUGAGUAUAUAACAAAUCAUGCAUAUCGCCAUAAUCUCUAUGGUAUUCAUAUAUAUAUAAAUGUUCUAAGCCACUCUUAUUCAACAAUAUUCGAGAGUCCAUCCAUAAAACUUCAGAAAGAAGUCUCAUUCAAAUUCUGAAGGAAUAUCUAAGAUAAUUGUUAAAACUCAGCCAAAUGUAGAGAAACAAAAAAAUAGAUGUGAAACCAUAGAUGUAGUAAUGAAAUCAAAAGAUUCUGCUCCAGAAGAAACCUAUUCACAAAGAUUAAAGAUAAUAAAUUAACGAGUGUAUGUUGUAAAUACAUUCAAUCGUAUAAUCAAUGUGGAUAGAGUAGGACAUAGAAUGUAAAGGGGAUAGUUAUUGAGACAUUUGAGAGAAUUCUAUAGUCAAAUCAUUGUUGAACAAAUAAAUAAAGUUCUAAAAGUACCAGAUACGUUGACACUGUAGAUGUAUGAAUAAUUUGUAAUUUCAUUAUAACAAUUGGACAGAAAGCAAUACUUGAA